AUGUCGGGGGAAACGCUGGAAAUCGACGCCGAUUACGGCCGUCUACCAUUCGACAUCUUCAUUUCGCACACAGGAACGUUGGGAUCACAAUGCCAAAGGAGACAGUCAGGAACAGUGGGAGGGACUCGUCUGGGAAUGGCAGAAGCUGACGCUAUUGGAACGCUGGGCAUGUCCUUCGUUUCCCCUUGCAGUAAGAUAGCGGGCGGCCUGACUGCCCCUUCGCAGCCGUAUCAGCACCGUGCCGAGAGUGAGACCUCUCCGCCUGAAAUCAGCGAGGAGAUCAGACGCGUGCUGGCCACACACCAGACAGUGCACGAGCGCAAUAUCAGCCUGGUCAGCAGCGCCGGCUGGCAGACCGUCUGGCUGCGGACAUGCUAUGACGCGGAUCUCGUGAGCAAAUACGAAGAGCUCAAAUGGAGAUCCGAGGUGCCUGGAGAGGGUGUCUCAGAGAAUAAGAUCCUGGAUGACCCCGCCCUCUACAAUUUCAAUGACGGCAGUGAGGACUCAUGGCGUCAGGUGAUAGUCCGCGUUCCCGGCAUCACAGAUUUCCAUGGCAUUAUUGAUAUGAAUGGCGAUGGGAGUGAUUUGCAGUACAAGAGUGGGCAGAAUGAUGAGUACAUGGUGGCGCAGGCUGAGGAGGAGAGCAAGGAAGUUUGGCGGGACCUCGCUCGAGCGCAGUUGAGAAUUCAGGCUGGUCUUUAUCUGUUGGACCGAGAAGCCAUUGAGUCUGGAGUGAUUAAAAUUCUCUGGCUGGAUGAGCAUGGGAAUAUCGCCUGGGAUAACCGGCUGGACCCUUGUAACUGCAGGUUGGAGGGCCUCACGAGUUCACUCCUCAGCUCUAUAAGUUUAGUGGAAUUGGCCAACUACAACGGCACCCGCGGGGCUCUGAUUGAGAACUAG